AUGGAGCUCGACGAGGCGCAGCAGAAACUCGCGGCGCAGCGCCAGCGCGUCGUCGACCUGCUGAGCGGCGCCGUCGCCGAGAUGAACCUGCUGAGCAGCUGCCUCGACCUCGCGCGCGGCGGCGACUUCGUCGAGGCGACGUCCAUCGCCAAGUCGGCGCGCGGCACGGCGCACCACGCGGCGAACGACGCCGCGGCGGCGCGGAAGCGGCUCCGGGGCGCCGCGGCGACGCUCCGCGACCGCCUCGCGCGCGCGCGGACGUUGACGCGCGAGCGCCGGGCCUACGUCGGCCGGUUGCGGAAGGCGCGGCAGGACUGCCGCGUGCCCGUCGAUCCGGGCAACGCGCUCGCCAAGACCGCGCCGGACGUGACGGCCAAGGCCUGCCUCCGGCGCGUCCGCGCGGCGCAGCGCCGCGAGGUCGAGAACGACGGGCCGCUGACGUUCGCGGCCAUCGGCGUCGAGGUCGUGGGCGUCGACGGGCCGCGAUCGCUGCCCGGCGCCGUCGCGACGUUCGCGGGCGACGCGGCCUUCGGGAACCGCCUCGCGGCGCUGAGCCGCGAUUUACUGGAAACCGUGACGCGCGAGAUCCUCGAUACGCCGCCGCCCGCGGCGGCCGCGACGCUCGUCGACCACGUCGUCGUCCGGGUUUUAGAUCGCUCGUCGGCGCUCUUCGUGCCGCCGCGCCACGUCGUCCACCUGCGCCUCGAGGAAGAACCCAGCGAGCUGGAGCCGGGGGGCGUGAUGGCCGCGGCCGCGCGCCUCGCGCUCUGCCGCGCGCUCCGCGCGCACGCGGCCGCGCGCGCGGCCGGCGCGGCGCCGCCGCAAAUCGUGCCGGACGUCGUCGCGCUCUACCGCCACGUGCUCCCGCGCGUGGCCCUCGUGGAGCGCGUCCGCGCGUCACCGUCGCCCGAGGUCGCCGCCGCGGCCGUCCGCCGCUGCCGCUGGGCGUUGGCGCCCGACGCGCUCCUCUGCCCGGGCCCGCGGCCCGGCGCGGCGCCGGGCGCGCCGCCCUUCGACCGGGCCUCCUACGAGUAA